AUGCCAUUACAUUCUAAUCGUGAAACCGCCGAUUCAAAACCAGCGUCAGCCAAAACUAUAACUCUACGCUCGAACGGAUCAGCCACUGUAACGAUCCCGGAGUACAAUCAAGACGACACAAAAUCUAACGCCGUCGCCAGCAAGAACGAAACCAACGCCGAGGACGAUCCAGAGGAAGAAGAAAAGGCAGCCACUAAGAUCCAAGCGGUGUUUCGAGGACACAAAACAAGAAAAAGCAUGAAACAACCGGCGGGCAAAGUCGAGCCAACAACUCCGUCAUCUCAGGAACCCACUAGGGAAGAGCUCGAGGCUGAAUUUCGGUUGGACGAUGCUGAACUAUGUCACGCUGCCACGAAAAUUCAAGCAUCCUUUAGAGGUCACAUGACUAGAAAAGAACAAGACAAGCAAGGAGGAAAGAAAGAGGAUGAAUCCAGUACUUCUCAAGCCCAAGCACAGGAAGAAGAAGAGCUAGACAUAGAUUUAACAGAUCCGGAAUUGAAUAAAGCUGCAGUCAAGAUCCAGGCAUCGUUCAGAGGUCACAUGACCCGUAAAGAUGAGAAAAACUAA